AUGCUCAGCGCAAGAUCAAUCGCCACCAAAAGGUGUCUGGCCACCCAUGCCCAAAAAUUCACCUCGGACAUGGCUGGAUCACGUGCAGCCCCGCCAUAUGCCAAGCUCAUCGCUAACCUCGACAAAGUCAAAGCCAUCACCAACAAUACGCCGCUAACGCUUGCCGAAAAAAUUCUAUAUUCGCACCUGUGUGACCCAGAGGAGUCUCUAACGUCUUCGAAUCUGCAAGAUAUCCGCGGCCUACAAUACCUCAAACUGAAUCCUGAUCGUGUGGCCAUGCAGGACGCAUCUGCACAGAUGGCGCUACUACAAUUCAUGACCACAGGUCUGGCAGAGACUUCGGUUCCAGCUUCCAUCCACUGUGACCAUCUUAUCGUUGGGAAGGACGGUGAGGCCCUGGAUUUGGCAUCCUCCAUUGCCACCAACAAAGAGGUCUUUGACUUCUUGCAGAGCUGUGCCGACAAAUACGGUAUUCAAUUCUGGGGUCCCGGCUCUGGUAUUAUCCAUCAAAUUGUGCUGGAAAAUUUCUCGGCGCCAGGUCUCAUGAUGCUCGGAACAGACUCCCAUACGCCUAACGCAGGUGGUCUGGGUGCUAUUGCCAUCGGUGUUGGCGGUGCUGAUGCUGUUGAUGCCUUAACUGGCACACCAUGGGAGCUCAAGGCUGCCAAAGUCCUUGGUGUCAAGCUCACCGGUCGUAUGCACGACUGGACCUCGCCCAAAGACGUUAUAACAAAGCUUGCUGGUAUUCUUACCGUCAGAGGUGGUACUGGCUACAUUGUCGAGUACUUCGGAGAAGGUGUUGAAACCUUGUCCUGCACCGGUAUGGCUACCAUAUGUAACAUGGGUGCCGAAAUCGGAGCUACCACUUCGACGUUCCCAUAUCAAGAAGCACACGCUCGUUAUCUAAAGGCCACUGGAAGAGCAGGACUUGCUGAGUUGGCCGAUAAUGCUGCACGCAACCACAACUUUCUACGCGCUGAUCAAGGUGCCCAAUACGACAAGGUCAUCGAGAUCAACUUGAGCGAGCUGGAACCUCAUGUAAACGGGCCAUUUACUCCAGACUUGUCCACUCCGAUAUCUGAAUAUGGCUCAAAGACUUUGAAGGAAAAUUGGCCUCAGAAAAUAUCCGCUGGUCUUAUAGGCUCUUGUACCAACUCUUCAUACCAGGACAUGACCAGAGCCGCAGAUCUUGUGAGACAGGCCUCCGAUGCUGGAUUGAAACCCCGCAUUCCUUUCUUUGUCACUCCAGGAUCAGAGCAAAUCAGAGCCACUAUGGAAAGAGACGGCUUAAUCAAGACAUUCGAAGAUAAUGGAGCUAUUGUGCUAGCGAACGCUUGCGGGCCAUGUAUCGGGCAAUGGGAUAGACAGGACGUUCAAAAGACUUCCAGCGAGGUGAACUCCAUCUUCACUUCUUUCAACCGUAACUUCAAGGCCAGAAACGAUGGAAACAGAAACACUAUGAACUUUUUAACAUCGCCCGAAAUGGUCACAGCAAUGAUCUAUUCUGGGGAUGCUCAGUUCAACCCUAUAAAAGACUCAAUCAAGCUGCAGGAUGGCUCAGACUUCACCUUCAAGCCUCCAACGGGUGUCGAACUGCCACAGCGCGGAUUUCUGUCCGGCAGACAAGAGUUUUAUCCACCACAGAAUCCUACACCCGAUGCUUCAGUUGAAGUAAGGGUGUCUCCUACUUCUGACCGCUUGCAGUUGCUCGAGCCUUUCAAGCCUUGGAAUGGUCAAGAGUUGAAAACAAAUGUUCUUUUGAAGGUUGAAGGUAAAUGCACAACCGACCACAUUUCUGCCGCUGGAGUUUGGCUGAAAUACAAAGGCCAUUUGGAAAACAUCUCUUACAACACUCUAAUCGGAGCCCAGAAUAAGGAAACUGGAGAAGUAAACAAGGCAUACGAUUUUGACGGUACAGCUUAUGGAAUUCCAGAACUCAUGAUGAAAUGGAAGCAAGAAGAGAGACCGUGGACUGUGGUAGCCGAGCACAACUACGGUGAAGGAUCUGCAAGAGAGCAUGCUGCCUUGUCUCCAAGAUUCUUGGGAGGUGAGAUUAUUUUGGUCAAGUCCUUCGCUAGAAUCCACGAAACGAAUUUGAAAAAGCAAGGUGUACUACCUCUGACAUUUGCCAACGAAUCCGACUACGAUCUGAUAUCUUCAGGUGACGUUUUGGAGACUGUGGGUUUGAAGGAAUUAGUUGCAAAGGACGGAAACAACGGCGGCGAGCUAGACAUUAAAGUCACAAAACCAACCGGCGAGUCGUUCACCAUAAAGGCGAAGCACACCAUGUCCAAAGAUCAGGUCGCUUUCUUCAAGUACGGCUCAGCUAUCAAUUACAUUGGCGAAAUAAGCCGCGCUUGA